AUGCUCAUUGCUUCGCUUCAAUGCUACGUGCUGAUCGUACUGGCCAGUCACAGCCUGAUGAAUCUGUGCGCGGCGAGUGGCAAUGCAGCUCCUGAGCGCCUACCAAAUGGACACCGGCGUAUUCGACCCAGUCAAUUGAGGCCGGAACCAAACCAAGCGAGUGACCUGAAUAUUUGGUCUCCUGGAUUGCGCCUUUUAUAA